AGUACCCGUCUGAAAUCCACCUGACAAGACCAUUGAGGGGACCUCAACACCAAACCCCAUCAAAUGGUCUCAGCUCCAAUAGGGAACUAACCAAGCCGCAGAUCCGACAGAGAUCGCAAAGAAGCACACUUCUUGUUUCCAGAAGACGCCGGCCAAAUUCUAGCUAUGAAUUCUGGAGACCUGAUGUCGGACGGCCCAGCCAUGACCGACGAGACGCACGGGACCACGGGGGCGGCAGAGGCCAAGCCUGGGUCCUGGAACAAGAGGUCCCAGGAGGAGUACGACCAUGCUCGGGGCCGGUUGGUUCAUCAAGAUUUCAACCCAACCGAUUACCCCGACCCUCUAUUGCCGCGGAAGGAUACCAAGAAUCCCUACGCCGGAAGAUUCCCGGCAGAUGCUGAGGCCCGGCUGAAGAAAAUCUUGGAGGCGGCGACUCUGCCGGUCUGAGACGUAGAAUUUCUUUUUGGGACAUUGGCCCUCCUCACAGCGUCUCGCCACUUGUGGGAGCGUGAACUUACAGUAGUGCCGCAGAGCCUGGCUUUCCACGAAGAGAGAAUAGAAUUAUAAGGUUGAGGACUACCACCUCCUAUAGUUUGAGCAAGCACGGCCCCUACCUUGAGAGAUGCGUGCGCCGGGGCGGUGCAGGUCCUGGACCUAUCACCACAGCACCCACUACGAUGGCACAUUAUAUAUUAUUUCAACAACCUUAUCCCGCUCUGCAGUUUAGAAAAUAAACGAUUUUAUUUGGACAA